CUCCACAGGAUCGAGUAUGUGCAUAGUCGUCAUUUAAUUUAUAGAGAUGUAAAACCAGAAAAUUUUCUAAUCGGUAGAAGUUCAAAUAAACGUGAUAAAAUUAUACAUAUAAUAGAUUUUGGUCUCGCCAAAGAGUAUAUUGACUUAGAUACGAAUAAACACAUACCAUAUCGAGAGCAUAAGUCGCUGACGGGCACGGCGCGGUACAUGUCGAUCAACACCCACAUGGGCAAGGAGCAGUCCCGGCGUGACGACCUGGAGGCGCUCGGGCACAUGUUCAUGUAUUUCCUAAGAGGUUCACUGCCAUGGCAAGGUCUGAAAGCGGACACACUCAAAGAGCGAUACCAAAAAAUUGGUGACACGAAGCGGGCGACACCGAUCGAUGUGCUGUGCGAAGGACACCCGGAGGAAUUUGCGAAAUACCUGCGCUACGUGCGGCGGCUAGACUUUUUUGAAACACCUGAUUACGACCACUUACGGAGAUUAUUUCAAGAUUUGUUCUAUUUUAAGGGUUAUGUAGACGACGGCGAAUUCGAUUGGACCGGCAAAACGAUGCCCUCGAAUUUCUUCACCAUUCGGCAGCUGCGUAAUGCGCCACCGUCCCACAUUGCCAAAACGAAAUCGGCAAAGUCCACACCAGUUGGAUCGUUACAGACUGGCCACGAAGUAGUCGUAUCACCAAACAGAGAAAGACACACACCUGUAAAUAAGGAAGGAGACGACCUGUUCAGUUAUUACGACGAAGAGCUAGAGCUAGACGACGCCACACUGCAGAUAUUGGAACAGCAGCAGACGAAUUCGAAAGGAGGUGUCGCCGCUUGGCCGGACGUGCCCAAACAGACUGGAACCCUGGGCAACCUAACGCCGGCCGACCGACAUGGCUCAGUUCAGGUCGUAAGUUCAACCAACGGAGAAUUGAAUGCCGAUGAUCCAACGGCCGGGCAUUCGAACACGCCCAUCACGCAGCAGCCGGAAGUGGAACUGGUCGAUGAAACAAAAUGUUGUUGUUUCUUUAAACGAAAGAAGAAGAAAUCGACCCGUCAGAAAUGACUAGAAGCAGUGCAAUGUAGUCCGGAACGUGAGGCUGUCAAGCUGCUACGUGCAACGUCACACUCCAACUCGCGCGACAGCGUGCUGAAUCCAAGCCAGGAUUACAUCCAGGCGUCGUCGCAGCAUACGAUCAGAUAUCCAUCCACCUCUGUACUGGCAUCGACACCGACCGCCCAAACGCCGACACUUCCAUUGUAAUUUAUUGCUAACUAUUAUUAUGCUAAUCCAGAUUAUUAAUUAAUUAAUUAUUAAAUUAUUUAUUAUAAUUUUUUUCCGCGCGGUGUUACGUCCCAACAUCAAACAAAAACUACACACAAAUCGCAAAAAAAUAAUACAACAAAUGGUAUCCAACCAUUUCCAUUCACGAAUCAUGGUCGUAAAUACGCUAUUUUGUCGCGUACCCGGUUCUGCCCGAAUACUGAAAAACAAAAACCGCACACACACUGAAACGAAAACGCGUCCUUCAAUAUCGGAACAACCCGCCGUGAACCAUUUUCCGUGCGUGUGUGCGCGUGUGUGUGUAUGAUGUGUAUGUUGCUACAUGGCAUACAAUUGUCGAAACCGAUCAUCCCAAUCAUCAUCCCCAACCCAAAAUGAUCACCGAUGAGUAGUGACUUUGAUGAUGACAUAGAUUUCGACCCCGACGACCUUACGAUCCUGUUACACUUUUUCCGUAAGCUUUGAUAUCGACUUCCGGGUGUCCCGGAAGGGAUCCUGCAGACGACCACUGCUACUGUUACCACAAUAUCGGCCAUAUCGUUGUUGCCUAUCCGACCCUCAGUAGCUCUAGUACUUCAUCAUCUCAGCCACCACCAAUUCUUCUUCCACCACUGCUACAACAAAGUACAACACAACAAAACAACCGUUCACCAGCAACCCUUCCUUUGUACCACACCUUCUAUUACUACUUUCCUCUAGUACUACCACAAACACGGCAUAUACGAUGUUCUCUUUUUGUAGUGAAACAAAAUCAAAAACUAGAAUCAAUCCCCUCCCAGUAUUGGCAGCUUCUUUCAUCUCCCUCUAUCUAUCGCUGUACCGAAUCACAAGACCGGUUAGAAAGUUCCCGAAAAAAAAAAUACCAGAAGCAAUAGAGAAUCAAACCACUGUAAUCUACUACUACCACAACUACAAACAACAUUCCGACUCCCCCCGCCUCACGCGUUGCACACACACUACUGAGCAACAAUCGCGAUCCCACCCUGCAGCGAGUGCCUCCCAGAAAAAAAAUGUAAACAAAAAAAGAACUUAACUAGCGCUAGGAUAGAUAGAACAAAGAGUUGCCAGUCACGCACUGUGCCACUACUACCGCCUUUUAUUACAAAAACAACUCUUCUCUCUGCCAUAUAUCAACAGUAGAAGAACAUUUCCCACAAUCGGAUGAUCUGCUACCGUGCCGUUGGCGUGAGCUUGAGUGCUUGUACGAGGGAGUGAAAAUUGGUAACACUGGAUGGAGUACAUGUACCGAAAAACUGGCAACACUGCCGAACUAUUGAACUUCAAAGUUAGGUAAUUGUGCUCAUUCUGCGAAUGGAGUGACGUGAGAAAAGUCGGAGUCGUAUAUCGAGAUGAAGAAUCCACUCUCGAAUGAAGUGACUCGCCGUGUAAAUCAAAUGGAGAGUCACCUCAUUCGAGUCGAGAUUUCUGACCUCGAUAUACGACUCCGACUUUUCUCACGUCACUCCAUUCGCAGAAUGAGCACAAAUGUCUUUUGUGUAUUUUUUUAACUGUUAAACAAUUGUGCAAUAUUAUCGUGACGUGAGGAACAACCUGUCUAUCCAAUACUGCUUGUGUCCAGGUCAUUGUUAAACCGUGCAGUACUAGAAGAUGUUAUUACCAAAAUUUUCUAAAAAUGUUUUUUCUUCAAACACUGAAAAGGCUACGAAAUUAUUAUUUCGUGUAGCUACACGAAUGCUACACGAAACUUGUUUGGUAGUUUCCUCCAGUACUUUAGGCUUCAAAAUGGCUUUUUAAUGGACUUUUUGAAGUUUUAUUACAGCUUAUUUUGGAUCCUUUCAGUCUUGCUUUCAACUACUCUCUUUACACCACUCAAAAGUUACGCCAUCGGAACAGCAGCACAAAAUUUCCACCUGGUCGUAGCAGGAUUCAAACGGUACUGACGUAAGCAAAUCCCAAAAAAAAAAACUCGACGGAAUUUUUCUCGGAUCUAGUCCUUCUUGCUUUCGCGGUGAACCGUAACGUCUUGAAAUGCCUUCUGAUCAGUAUUUUGAGGAUGUCGUCAUUUUCUCCAAUUACAAAAAAAAACAAUGGACGAAAACAUUUGUUCAGCAACUUUGAACAUGCGAAUCUGGUACUGGCUCGACUCAAUGCGUGCAGUACUAGAUUAGGGCUGAACUUUCCGCAAAACAAUAACCAUACUAUGCUCAUUUUAACCAGCCAUGCAUUUAACGAGAAACCCCCGUGCAUGCGUGCAACGUUGUACUAGCGCGGCUCCACGCGCAGUGGUACUAGCUGUGAGCUGUGGCUCUAGUACUACCGGGACUAUCCUCUGGUUCGACCACCGCGUAGCAAACCGGAAAACAUUCGUGUUGUACGUUCGUGUGUUUUGUAUUAGACGACGACAGCAGCGACGACGUGAACCCCGACUCAAAAGCACGGAAACCAAUCAGUCAUUUUCCUUGUUCGAUUUUGUAUUUUUUUAAGUAAGGCUAGUACGUCACUCACACCCUAUCGGUCACUUGAGUCACAGAGAAUGAGAGAGAGAGAGCCAGCAGCGAAAGAGAGGAAGAAAGCAAAAACGAAAAGAUUACACUACUAGUAGGCGUAGGCAGCAUAUUGUUUCUCCCUGAAUUCUAGUACUCUAUUUUCCGUUUGUUAGGGCUAAUAAUUGCUAGUUGGAAUCUUUUAUUUUUUUCGGUUCGAACUUCUUUACAAACGUGUAAUAUGUUUUGUUUUUAUUAGACGAAAGCGAAGAAAAGUUGCAAAAAAAAACGUUUGUUGUUCUUUUCUCUGAGUAUGUUCCAAAGCAAUUUUUCGUUUUCGUGAGAAUGUACCUAUAAUAGUAGACACAGAUAAGAGAAAGAGAGAGAAAGGAAAAAGAGAUGGAGUGAACAACAGGAAAGAAAACGAUCAGGCGUAUGAUUUUCUUUCUUUUCUUCUUCGUUUAAUCUAAUUGUGAUAUAAAUAGUUUCUUUUGUAUAGUGUAUAUUUUUACUGCGUACCAAGUAAGCGUAAGUCCUGUGUAUUUAAGUCAGCUGAAAGAAAACUAUUAGACUAGCAAAUGAUGUAAGAGAGAGAAUGGAGAAAGAGAGCGAUAGAGAGAAACCGAAAGCGCGAUAUGGAAGAGAAAAUGUUGCGUUUAGUAGGAAGCAGUUAUCUAAUGAGCAAAUUAAACAAAUUGUGAAAGGAAAGCUAAACAAUAAAAAACAAGAAACGACUGUAGUAGCUAAAUAUUAA